UCCCAUAACCCUCCAGAUCAUGGAUUCAGCAUUAGAAAUAGAGUUGAGAGCGCGUCGGCUGCAGGAGCCGAUGAAUGCUGUGAUAGACCUGGGCACCUCUCCCGUCCAGAAGUACUAUGAGGAUACCACCGUCUUCAUCACUGGAGGCUAUGGUUUCCUUGGGAAAGCACUUGUUGAGAAACUCUUCAGGGCCUGUAAAAUUAAGAAAAUAUACUUACUGAUGAGAUCUAAGAAGGGCAAGACUAUUCAGGAGAGGUUAGAAGAGGUUCUGCAAGAUCCUGUGAGUGUAAAUUUUCAUAACACCUUUACCAAGAAUUUUGACAUGCACGAGCUGGUGUUUAUCUAUACUAAUGUGUUUGAACUGGUGAGAGAGAAGCAGCCCAGGUUCGCGGAGCGCAUCGUGCCGGUGUCCGGGGACGUGGCUGAGCCCAGACUGGGGCUGUCUGAUAAGGACUGGAACACACUCACUAAGGAGGUUGACAUAAUAUUUCAUAUGGCGGCUACAGUACGAUUCGAUGAACCGCUCAAAGUGGCAGCCAAGAUCAACGUGGGGGGGACUCUUAGAGCUGUGGAGUUAGCCAAGAACUGCACCAAACUCAAGCAGUUUAUCCACGUGUCAACCGCAUACACUCAUGCUACCAGAGAGAGGGUCGGCAAAGAAGUGAAGGAGCAGUUCUACCCGUGCCCCAUGAGUCCAGACCUGUUCAUGGAAGUGGUCGACACCUUGGAUGAGAGACGCCUGAAUGGUAUAACACCAGGGUUGAUCAAGGGCUGGCCGAACACGUACACAUUCACGAAGGCGCUAGCUGAGCACGUGGUCCGCGAUGCUGGCGCUGACCUGCCUGUUUGUGUCGUGAAGCCUCCCAUUGUUCUUCAUGCCUUGUACGAGCCACACCCUGGGUGGAUGGAGAAGUCAUGUUUAGGUGGACCUAUUGGUAUUUCCGUGGGAGUGGGUUUGGGUGUGGUACACGUGUUUUUCGUCGACGUAGAAAACAAACUGGCAACUGUACCACUUGAAUAUGUUAACAACGCAAUCAUUGGAGCUGCGUGGGACUCGACCGAGCGGCAGAAAGAAGGAAAUAAAGAAGUACCUUUGUAUAUAAUUGCGAACGAAGAAGGACUUGUUAAAUGGAAGGAUUACAGUAAAUGUUUGUCCGAAGUCUGCGACCCUGCAGGAGUACCUUCACCUGUCUCCCUAUGGUACUGCUAUUUGUUAGAGACCAAAAAUAUCUUCGUCUACCAUUUGUUGAGCUGGCUUUUGCAUUACAUACCGGCAUACAUCAUGGAUGGUGUCUGCGCUGUCAUUGGGAAGAGACCGAAAGGAAUUCCGUUGUAAGAUUUGUUUUUUACAAGC